CACAUGGACAGUAGUCCGUUCCCUCCCUGCAAUAUCAUAUUACACCCCCCCUCUUAAACAACUUCCUAUCUAAACUCCAACUCCAAACCCCAACCAUGACCUCCUCCACAAUCAUAGUCUCCCUCCCCCAUCUCGCCCACUCCAUCGACCACUCCCUCCUCCACCCAACCCUCUCCGACGCCGACCUCCGCGCCGGCCUCGUCCUCUGCCGCAACGCCUCCGUCGCCUCCGCCUGCAUCAAGCCCUACGCCGUGCCGCUCGCCCGAUCCCUCCUCGCCGGGUCCGCCGUCCGCAUCUGCUCCGUCGUCGGCUUCCCGCACGGCUCGUCCUCGGCCUCGCUCAAGAUCACCGAGGCCGCCGAGGCAAUCACCGCGGGGGCCUCCGAGAUCGACAUGGUCAUCAACAUCGGCAAGGCCCUCAGCGGCGAGUGGAACUACGUCGAGCACGAGAUUGAGGCCGUCAACCGCCUCGUCACUGCAAAGGGCGCCAUUCUCAAGGUCAUUUUCGAAAACGACUUUUUGCAGGACGAGCACAUUGUCAAGCUCUGCCAGAUAUGCACCGACCAGGGCGUGGCCUUUAUCAAGACCAGCACGGGCUAUGGCUUCGUCAAGCAGCCCAAUGGCUUUUAUAGCUACCAGGGUGCCACGCCGCACCAUCUCAAGCUGAUGAGGAAACAUGCCGGCCCCAAAGUGCAGAUCAAGGCCGCGGGGGGCGUCAGGACGUUGGACGAGCUGCUUUAUGUACUAUCGCUUGGAGUGACGCGAGUUGGCGCCAGUGCCACUGAGGCUAUCCUGGAAGAGGCCAAAGCAAGAGGCAUUGGCGAGGCUGAAGUUGAAGUCGAGGUAAAAGCACCCCUGGGAUUGCAGGAGGGCGCAUAUUGAUGAUAUGAUACCACUAGUAGUAGCAGUAGUAGUUUUAGCAAGCGAUGCGUGAUACAUGGUAUAAAUACAGGAAACGUAAAUUAUCUAUUAAAACGGUUAUCAGACGCAGCUUCGCAAUGAUGUGUAUGCAUAACUUCAUUUUCUGCUCUACCUUUUACUUCUUUCUUCUGUCCAUUCCUGGCCAGCACUAAGGAUAACUCCAAGGGUACCCAAGAAUAGAAAAAAUAAUAAAAGUAGAAUGAGGAAAUGAAAAAAAAAAAAAAUGGGAGAGGCAGAAAAGGUAGAAAAAGAGUAAAAAGCAUAGCCCAGCCGCCAAAAAAAAGUGAGAAUUUCAAGCCGCUAGCUCCUGUGCCCUUUUUGAGUCCCCCAUGUAUUCUUAACAGCAACAACAUGUUUCAUGCACCAAUUCUCUCC